UCUCUUUAAUAGCAUUAUCAAAAAAUUUGAUAUCAAACUUAAUAAUUCUUUUCCCACGUCCAUCUUGUCGUAAAUGGAAAGAAGGAUGUCUUUUUGAAAGCAAGAAAUAUGACUUCAUUCAAAAAAUAUCAAUUCAAUAAACAUUCUAUCUUGCUUGAGCAGGCGUGAUUGCCGUAUCUUUCAUGGAUUAUGAACAGUUGUUUCUGGCAUAUAAAUUAUCAAGACAUUUCACAGAGGAAAGGGAAGAAGGAAAGAGAUUUUGUAUCUUGUUAUACGAUGGAGAAUCUUUCACAGUUGACGACAUAUUUGCAUCUUCACUACAGUAUGACCAUCCAGUGUUAGAAUGUGUAUCAUCUUGGUUGUUUAGCAAGAACACUGAUAGUGACCUUAAUCAUAUUGUACAAAAGGUUAACAGUUGUUUAAAAGAAUGUUUUCGUCAAUUUCAAAUAAAGUGUGAGAACUUGAGAAAUCAUCCUUUUAGAAAUGUUGGAUCAAAUUCUUCUUCAAUUCCAUUUGAAACGGCAGAUCGCAAGAAAUUAUAUUAUAAAAUUGCCGAUGACGCUGUGAUGAACACAAACUACAUCGCCCAUUUUCUUUUACCUUACAAUGAGAUUUUUAAACUAAAAAAAGAUCCCACUAAAAAUAAAAAUGUGCUGUACAAUGUUCUGAGAAGCUGGGAUGACAAAACAGAGGUUAAAGGUCGCACUUGGAAUCAUUUAAAAUCAGUCCUCUUGUUUUUAUCUCACGAGAAAUUAGUUCACGACAUAGAAGGUAAAGACGAGUGUGAUGGUUUUCCUGUUGCCAUACCUAGAUAUCAGACUCACAAAGACUGCAAUGAAAACAUUAUUAUCACACUUAUCUCGCCUAUACCGAACAUAACCAUUACAAGUCACUCAGAAAAUGAAGUUAGGAAGUUGGAAAAACAGAGUGAAUACAAAGAAGAAGUAUGUGGUGACAAAAUGCUGAUUCAAGUUUUUAAAAACAACUAUUUUACUCCGGACAAGUUAGAAAUAUCAACACUUGAUGAUCCUGUGGUAAACAUAUCUAUACCAAUAGAAGAUACACCUCAUCUACAUUCUUGUCAAAUUGAAAACAUUCAGGUUAUAACGCAUGGGUAUACUGAUAUUUUGGAAUUCCUACACAAGAUACAAAAUGUUGAAGAGACCAACGCUAUAGUAGAAUAUAUCUCUAAUGGAGGAAAUCACAGAACGAAACUUUCACGCAACGAAUGGUAUGCGUUAUGUUGGGAAUAUCUCCGCACGUAUUUUUCUUUAAAAGAUGCAACGCACAUUACAGAAGCCAUACAAUUUCCACCAUACAGAAAGGGAAACAAGAUAUCUGAGUUGGCUUACCUACUCAAAAACGUUUUAAUGGAGAAAGAAAAUGUUGGCGUCAUUACAAGUUAUAAUACCGAGGAGCAUUUAAAUUUCCUAAAAUAUUCUGCGGUCAAAAAUCAUGGAAAUUAUCAGAACAGGAUACUAAUUAUCUUUCCCAACCCUUUAAUUUUCGUCAACAUUAGAUAUUUAAAAUCUGAAAACUUCUGUGAUUUGGAGGACGAAAUUAGGUUUGGUGAAAAUGAUAUUAAGGCCUUGCUUUUCCUAAACAAACAGUUGUUGAUAAAUAAAAAUAAAACAUUCCUUAAUAUUAUUGCAGCACCAAAUCUGACGAAUUGUAAGGAUUCUUUAAUCUGUGGAAUGUGUUACAUUUUAUACAAGAACGAUAUGAAAAACAAAGAAAAUUUAACAAUUCGACUUAACAAUAUUUUAACAGACUUUUGCCACGCUUCUAAGUGUAGCACCGACCGAAACUUAACAUUUAUGAGAAUAAUAAGUAAUAUAUUUGGUUUCCUUGCUACAAGAAAGUCGAUCAGAAAUUAUGUUCCCGCAAUAACAUCUCAACCAGCUGAACAGAUUCAAUCACUAAUGCUGAAUAUUGAACAACUCAAAAUAUUAUACAGCGACGAAAAGAAGAAGAUAAUAUUUGGUAAUUUCGGAUCUGGAAAAUCUUUAUUAGCUCUUUAUCAAAUCAAAGAUCUUGUAGAAUUUGCUGAUAAAGAAACUGUAAUAUAUUACAUUUGCUGGAACUUAAGUAGCAUGCUCGUACACGAUAUUAGAAAGUUUGUUAAAACUAUUCAAAAAAAUUAUUUGGUAAAGAUUCACAUCUUUAACAUAGUUGAUAUGUGUGCACAUUUAAAUCUUACAAGUUUACCUUCGUUAUCAGUUUUUAUCAUAAAGCUAAUUCAAAAGUAUCCAGAAACAGUAUUUCAUCUAUGCGUUGAUGAGUUUGAUGGCGAGCAGCUUGAUUUUGAAGCUGCAACAGAACUCAAAGAAACAUUACAGAGAAAAGAAUUAAUAGAAUCUCAUGUCACUAUAUUACCUCAUUCAUUGAGCAAAAAACGAACGUUUGUUUCGAAGGAAAAGAAACAACCACACUCCAGCUACAGAUACAAGGAAACAGGUAUGAAAAUUUUUAAGCUGACUAAAUGCAUGAGAACAACAGAAAAGAUAUUCAAAUUAACCAAAGCUAUCGGAGAAAAAAUAUGUGAAGAAAACAGUGUUAUAUAUCAACCAAGGCAACUUGAUUCUAACACAAUGUUGCUGCAGGCGGCUGUCGAUAUACAUCCGCAUGAUGGAAAACGUAAUAACGACCUUAAACUAUCAGCGACAAAUUUCACUGGAAAAUAUAGUACUACACACCCAGAAGAAUCAAGCCUACUAAAUAUGACCAAAGGUCCUUCACUUGACAUUAAUGAAUAUCCUGACGACCGUAAAACAUCUCCAGCAACACACAGUCUCAGUAUACAUAAAAAAUCGCUGUUGGAAAGACCACUUGAUAUAGAAGUCAUUGCAGCGAAUACAAACCAGGUUCUAGUACAUAAAUCCAGAAAAACUUUGACACAAUAUGAGUAUCCCGAAACAAGUUCUGUUGGUCACAAUAUAACCGGAUGUAUUCCUAAAUAUGUCACAUUUGUAGAGCAAAAUGACUUUUCAAUGCAGUCGUUAUCACAUGAUUUGACUUCAAAACUAGCCAUACUACUAAAAAAUUGGUUUUCGCAAAAUAGUAUCAGAAUUCUUGUUUUGUGCAAUACGCCAUUUCAUUAUUUUGUCAUGAAAAGUGUGCUAAAACUUCUGAAUAUCGAUUUCAUUGAAUAUAUUGAUUAUUCAGAUUGGCAACCUACAGGUAAAACUGGAGAAUUGGCCUCCCUUACACAGAGUAAAUGCACGUUGACAAAUUAUGUUGGAAGUCGUGGUAAUGAAGCUGAUAAAGUCAUGGUUGUUAUUGAUCCAGCUGCCACAAAGCUUAAGCAUUUAACGCUUGAAUGUAUGACGCGAUGCCAGGACGAUUUAUUAAUAAUUGGGAUAAAUGAUCCGCUUAAAUCGAAAAAGAAACGGGGUUUUAGAACCAUUUUCAACUUGCAAAAGAGUGAAUCUUCAAUAGGCAAGAUUCUGGAUGAGGUGGAAGAUGAUGGGUUGCUUCAACGUAAUCAAUGGAGUAGUAUUUCUCUUGAUGAUGAAGAAAUUUCUAUUGUUAAGGAAAAGUUGCAGAUUAAUGUCCAAUCUAAGACAUAUCGGGAAUACCUGGAUGUAUUGAAAGACGUAGAAGUGCCAUUUAAAGACAUACCAAGAAAUAUAAACAUGGAUGCAACUGCGCUUAAACAGCUUCAGAUUACAGAUUCAGUUAAGAAUUUAAAGUGUUCAUACAAGAAUGAAAAGGAAUGUUCGUUAAAUUGGGAAGCUGAAGGGUUUACUUAUAUAAUACGUGCAAAAGAAACACACAGUAACAGUGACUGGUAUGAAGUAUGCCGAACUCGUCAAUCACCGUGUACAGUAAAGAACUUAAAACUCGUCUCCCGAUACAUGUUUUCUGUGACUGCUGUUAGCAGUUUGGAUCAUUCAGAGGAUAAAGUAGUCGAAUAUUUUCAUAACAAAAGAAAAUGCUCAGAUGUCUUUGCUGAUAUCAAGAAACUUAUUAGAGAUGAAAAUAUUGACGAAUUUCAAAGACUUCUCUCCAUCCUCCCAAACAUCGUCCAUAUGAGAGAUGAAGAGGAAGACACGCCAUUGAUGUGGACAGCACGUUACACCGACAAUUCAUCAAUGGUGAAACUUCUCAUCAAAUAUGGAUGUGAUGUUUGGGCAUUUGAAAAGAAGUACGAAUUGAACAGUUAUCAUUACGCUGCGAGAAACGAUCGUCACACAAUAUUAAACACAUUAUGUCGUCAUGACGUAACAUACAUCAACCGUGGAAAUGUUAACAACUGGACACCAUUACAUUUGGCCUCACUUCGUGGUUACAUCUCAUGUGUUGAUGUUUUGUUGCGUCACACUAAUAUUGAUGUGGCGAUUAAAAGCAAAAAUGGACAAACUGCGUAUGAUAUGGCUGGAAGAGGAGAUAAUAAACAAAAUCGUGACAUAAUUAGAUUGAAGAUUACAGAUUACGAAAAGUCGAGAAAAAAAUCAGGAGAAUAGAGAUUAUUUAAUUGCGCAAAACUAACAAAGAAAAUCUGCUAGAAAACAAUGAUCAAAUUUUUUACGCUACUUCAAGUCUACCAUCUGAAUGCGUUGGGAAACAAUUUUUGUUAGAAUGUUCGAAAAACACAAUACUUUCCAGACUGUCUGAAGAGUUUCUCAUUAAUAAAUCCUUCAUCUCAAGCUUUUUGUAAUACAGGAAAAUUUAGGCGAGAAUUUUAAUUACAAAGUUGAUUUUGCAUGUUUUUUGUACUGAAAAU